AUGCAGACAGAGAAAGAGGAAAGGGGAGAGGAAGAGAGACUAGUUCAACAAGGUCAAGUGUUGGUUCUUCUACAACAUCAAUUGAAUCACAAUCAAGCACAAAGAGAGGAAGAGGUUGACCAAGAGGUUCUACAAAACAGUUAAUGUUUAUACUAAUUCAUUUAUGCUACUGGAAGGGGAAGAGGAACUGCAACUGGUAAUGGAACAUGUAUUGGUGUUGCUGCUGAUGGUUUUGGUGCCAUUAGAAACGGAAGAGGAACUGGAACUGAUUUAGCUAGAAGGGGAAGAGGAACUGGAACUGAUUUAGCUGGAAGGGCAAGAGGAACUGGUGUAGCUGCUACUGCUACUAAUGUUCCUGGUGCUACUGGAAGAGGGAAGAGGCCAAGAAUGGUUGGAAAAAGGAUACUACAUACACAGAGUGGUUUUACAAUCCACAAUCUUGGAAUGCCUAUGACACUACAUCAAAAGUGUGAAUUACAUAGUGUGAACUUUUCAAUAGUGACUGGAAAUCUUGGGAAUCAUAAACCAAGAUUAGGCUUAAAAUGGAGAGAAAAGGUUGUUGUAACUCAACAAGGUCUUCAAGAGAUGAAAGAAAACAAAAGAAUGAGAACUAGGUCCAAUGUUGCUGAACCAGUUUUGCAUUUCUUUUAUGUGUACAAUUAUGCAGUUGUGACUGCAAUUUAG